AUGGGGUUGGCAAGGAGAGAUGGAGUCGCGACGAGUACGAACGCGAGGGUGAGCACCACUGUUGGCAACGAAAACAGGGGAAGAAUGGUGAGAAAUCUCCCUUACCCAGAAUUCCUUAAGAGGAAGGAGGAGGGUCGGUGUUUCCGAUGUGGGGGUCCGUUCAAACUUGGGCACCGCUGCACUGAGAGAAGUCUGUGCGUGUUGCCCUUGGCAGAGGAUGAGGAGGGAGACGAAGGUGAAGUGGGGGUAGACCCUGAUGAGAAACCCAUGGAGUUGUCAGCGUGUUCAGCAAAAGGGUUGACUCCACCCAAAACAAUGAAAUUGACGGGGAGGAUUGGGGAAAGAACAGUGGUGGUACUCAUUGAUAGUGGUGCCAACCACAACUUUGUCAGCCGAAAGUUAGUAGAAGAAUUGAAGCUGCCCUUGACAGAUACUCCACCAUAUCUGGUGAGCUUGGGAGAUGGGCAAAAGAAAUUGACCAGAGGGCAUUGUGAUAAGCUGGUAAAAUCGAAAGCUCUGCGUAAGCUGACAGAUGCUGAAACGUGGACACUGGUUUGGGAUCUGGGACUAGUGGAGAAUGAGGUGGAAGUGAAGGGCCAGGAGAUGCAAUGGCUGCCCCCACCUCGAGACAAGGAACACCGCAUAGCUGUUAAGGAAGGGGUGGACCCGGUGAACGUGCGUCCUUACCGGUACCCCUACUUUAUGAAAGAAGAGCUUGAGAGACAAGUGGCGGAUAUGAUAAAAGCAGGGCUAAUUAGACCAAGCACCAGCCCCUUUUCCACCCAGUUAUCCUCGUUAAAAAGAAAGAAAGUAGUUGGCGGUUUUGCAUAG